AGGGCGAGGCCAUACGGCAAGGGGGCGGGGCUGAGUGGGGCGGGGCCGACGCAUUCGCUGAUUCGCUUCGCACCGCCCACACCAAGGAGGGUUAGAAGAAUCAAAAUGACUGCCCGCCUGGCUCGCCGAAGCUCCGCCCCUAGGUAGGCGGGGCCUAGGGCCGGUGGCCGAGCUGUAGCACCACGGCUCCUCCUCUCUAUUCCCUCCCAUCUCGCGGGCCUCGCAGCCAAGGAAUAGUCCCUGAGGAAUCCUCCCGCUUCUCGCGCAGCCGCAAAGGCUGACGCGAGCACGUCGCUGCGUGCAUGCGUGCCGGCGUCGGGCUCCGGGCGGCCGGCUUUCGGCUGCAGUGCGGACACGGUGCUGCGGUGCCAGAAGGAGCCGAACGGAGUGGCCAGGCCAGGAUCGAGGGCAGUGGGGGAUCACACACCCAGAUGUGACCCUUCUCAGAGAGCAGGAUGGUGCUGGACUCGGGGACCGAGGCCUAUGAGCAGGCACCCCCUUCCAUGUCUGUCAGCCCCCCCACUGUUUCCGGGGUGGGGAAGAUCUCAAAGCAGAAUGGGCCACAACUGUACCCCUCUAUCCAGCCACCGAAAUCAGCCCCCAGCUCCCAGAAACCCUCCCUGGUCAUCCCAGUACAUCCUAGAUCCUCUGUGUCCCAACCAUCAGGCCUGGCCUCUUCCCGCCCCAAUGUCCAGAGUCCCAAGUCUGAAAUAAGACGACUGUCAUCGACCUCACUGGGUCGUGGUCGGAUCCGGCGCAGUGAGAGUUCCUGCUCAGUCGGAGGGUCCAGCAGAAAGGGACGCCUCCGGCCCGCCUCCUCCCUGCCCCACAUUGCUAAAUGCAAGGUAGAGGAAAGCCGGGCAGCCAGCAAGAGCCCCUGCCUGCUGGUAGCCUUGAGACCCAACAACUUGGAGCAAGAACGAGACCGGUUCUUCCAGUCAAGGUACACCUACGACCCGCAGUUUGAGUAUGAGGAGCCGAUUCCCGCUGCCGUGUUGGAAAAAUACAAUGAGGCCUCGGACAAGUUCAUCCCCCAGGCGGUGGGGAUCAUUGAAGCAGUCCUGGAGAAGUAUGGGACCUACGAGCAGUUUGAGGCGAUCACGGGAGGCCAGCUGCUGACGAAGUGCCAGAUCUGGUCCAUCGUCCGCAAGUACAUGCAGAAGGAAGGCUGCACUGGAGAGGUGGUGGUGCAGCUGAGUGAGGACCUGCUGUCCCAAGCAGUGAUGAUGGUAGAGAACAGCCGGCCCACGUUGGCCAUCAACCUGACCGGGGCCCGCCAGUACUGGCUGGAGGGCAUGCUGCGGCAUGAGAUAGGCACCCAUUAUCUUCGAUUUGUCAAUAACACUCAGCAGCCUUGGAAUACCUCCGAUGGCCGGCGGCAGUAUGGGCUCCGGCCUGCCAACCCCACGGAGGAGGGGCUGGCCAGCCUGCACAGCGUGCUUUUCCGGAAACAGCCGUUCCUGUGGCGGGCGGCCCUGCUGUACUACACCAUCCAGCGGGCGGCCCUGAUGUCCUUCCGCCAGCUCUUCCAAGAUCUCGCACAGUAUGUGCAGGACACGUCGGUGCGCUGGGAGUACUGUGUGAGGGCCAAGCGGGGCCAGACAGACACGUCCAAGCCUGGGCCAGCCACAGUCCCAAAGCUAGAAGGUUUGAGGAAGAGAAUUCUGCCUUUUCUAAACUCAGCCUGCAGACCUAGGUGUGCCCUAGGUGCUCCGUGUGGGGGCUGCUUCAGUAAGGACCAGGUGUACUUGGAUGGGAUUCUGCGCAUCUUGCGGCACCGGCAGAAUAUCGAUUUCCAUAUGCUGACUGCUUUGGGCAAGGUCUCCUACGAGGAUGUGAAUCAGCUCCGGCCCCACGGGAAGCUGGAAAAGACUCGGAUCCCUCACUUCAUGCAGGACCUGACGCGCUACCGCCAGCAGCUGGAACACAUCAUCGCCACCAAUCGCUUGGAUGAUGCCCAGCUAGACAGCCUGUUGCCAGACUGAGAGGCUGAGGGUGGGGGCCAGGGAUCAGGGGAAAGGAAGAUCCUGGGUCAGCUCCAUCAGCAAUGGGCAGUAGCCUUGCCAAUGUUUCCUUGCCCUGGAUAUUGGGGAACUGGGGGGAAGGGGCGGCUUAAUAUAUGCUAGAACCCCCUCUGGAAGGGAGCUUUGGAAUCUGUCUUCAAGCCUAGAACGAAAAGGGAAUUCCUCUUAGAAGGCCAGAAAAAUAGAUACUGAGGCUGCCCCGUCCACAUAGAAUGAAGAGAUCCCAGCAGGGUGAAAAAGGAAGAUUGACUUGGUUUGGCUUAAUAGGGAGGGGAGAGGGAGCUGGCUCUGUGAGUGUGUGUGCCUGUGGGGGAGGAGAAUGAGUGUGAUCUCAUGUGUAAGAAGUGGGGCAGGGAGGGGAGGUGUCUCCUUGUGCAUGAGACAAAUACAGUAAGCUUCUGGGGCUCACAGCUAACCCUCUACCUGCUGUGCUCCUCCCACCCUCCGCUGGCAGGGACUGAUGCUCCCCUGCCCCCAGACAGUCAUUCUAGCCUCUUGGUGCUCUUAGACCCCUUGACGUCUACCUCUCGCCGGGCUUUUGUGGAGGACAAAACAUCCAUGUACCCCUUCCCCAGCCAAGGCCCUGGCACUGCUGCUCACCUUCUGGGUGUACCGUCGCUCCUCCUUCCUCCACUCUGACAUCUGUCCUUUCACCUGCACUACUGUCGGACUCCAGAUUCCCUCUUCCAGUGCCCAGAAUUUCGACUCCCUUAACCUCCUGCCCAUGUACUCAAUGAAACAAUUGAAAGGGGAUGAGAGGAACGGAGUGGAUGGGGCUGGCAUGCUGGUCCAUAGACCCCAGCAGUUAGUUCAGGCAUUUACUAAGCGGCGACGGUGUGUAAGGUCCUGUGCCCAUCCCUGAGGGUAGAAAGAGGAGAAACAAGGCUCCCUGUCCUCAAGAGAGCUUAAAGCCUAGUUAAAGGGAGGUAUGGCACACAGAUAUAUGUCUGAUACAAGGUAGAUUGUGAGAGGGGCACAGGAUGGAUCCGGAAAGGGGGCUCUCAGACAUUGGGUGAAGGCAAAUGGUGGGAAUGGCUUCUGUCACUCCCACCUGUUGGGGUUCAUAACCUGGGCAGGGAGAGAUGUGCUUGGUUAAUUGUGUAUUGGGUGGGGAUGAUACUCUGUGAUCUUUGCUCCUCUUCCCUCCCCUCUUUUCCUGCUGCUGCCUCAGGCUUGCAUGGAAGUUACUGAAUUCCAUUCCCUAGGACAGGGGUUGAAGUUUGGGUUCAGUCAGAGGGCCGCCCUUGAGGACCUAGAGGGCCACGUGUGACCUUGAGGCUACAGGUUCCCCACCCCUGCCCUAGGAGAGCUGUGUUGUUCCCUUUCCCCUAAUACACACCCCACUUUAGGAAAAGUGUGUGAGUCCCGAAGGAAUAUCUUUUAAGAGUAGAGGGCACUGUCCUGAGUGCUGUGGAGAGGUUGAGCUCUUUAUUUGAGCCCUGGUCUGCCCUCAGGGAGUUCCCUACCUCCAGAGGCCCCCAGCCUUGUCUUCUCUCUGUUCCUGAGUUUCUGCUUAGACCUGGAUUUUAGCAGUGCAUUUCACCAGGUCUCUGGUGGUACAGUUGUGAACUAAAUGAAAUUUGUGGGUGGAUAAUAAUACAGUUAGGUGACGUUUGAACCCUUUGGAUACUGAAUUUGAGAGGGAAUCAGUGGAUCACUGCCAGCCUGAAGGGGCAUGUCCAUGGGCCACAGCAGGUUUUGGUCUUUGGCCCUGUUUUGGUGUUUUUUAAUCAGUGAUGUGAAUGAAGGCAGUAAAUUUCUGGGUAAUGUAGAGUAAGGAGAGAGAACUAAUAUAUGGGUGAUAGAAUCAGGAUAUAAAGAGGCCCAGGCAGUCUGGAAGUAAUGAUGGAAUUUAAUGUGGAUUCAUUUGUGUAAAACCCUCUGCUGAAUGCUGGCUUUACUAAUGUUAUUGAGGCAUUUACGGUCUAAUUAAUGGUGCAGGAAAUGAACAGAAAGUCUUUUUACUUGGUGGGUUACUUAUUUUUUAUUUUUUGUGCCAUCCACCUCACUGGGAGGUUGUGUGGACACACCAUGUCUUCACUUGUUAUGGAGAUGGCAGAAGUUAACAAAUGCGUGGAGGAGAAUGCUUGAGGCACCAGUGCUGGGUUCUAGGGGGAAAUCGAUGCUCUGUCAAGCCCUAGCCCUGUUACUGACCACCUCUGAUGCUGGGCAAGUCUCUUCUGAGGCUCAGUUUCCUCUUCUGUAAACUGGAGGGCCAUGAGUUUUAGAAUAUGUUCAGGGCCUGAUUAUGACUUUGGAGGAUGGAGGUGACCAGCCACCUCUCAGAAUGUUUUGGGGCACAUGCAUAUGUGAUGCACCAACAGUGUAACUCAAACAAAGGCAGGAUUGACAGUGCUUUCCUCAACCAUCCUGUGACAUUUUAGAGAUGAACAGGACUGGAUACUGUAGCGGUUUUGUUUCACAGACUAGUAUUCAGGCUCAAAUGGGUAAAGUGACAUCCAAGGUCACUGUGUCGGAGGCAGGACUAGAAUCCUGCCCUCUGCAGACGCAUGGCCAUUGCCAAAGCAAACAGUGCGUGUUACCUUUUUGUUCACGGCUUAUUUUCCAAUUCAGAGGUUGGUAUUUUUUGUUGAUCUAAUUUCCUCCAAACACAAAUGUUGAAAAAUGGGCAGGAGGCCAGUUAGAUGGGGUAUUUUUUGGCUUGGACCCCGUCUCCAAGACCCCAAGCCAUCUUCAGCCUGGCCUGGUCAGUAAUUUCCUCAGGACCUCUCCUGGUUGUGCCCUUCAGUGCUGCUAGUAGCUGAAUUAUUGGUGGGGACUCUUGGCCCUAUGGAAGGAAACAGGCCUUGAGCCCCUGAUUCCAUUGCCCUCGAUUCUGUACCUCCCCAGGAGAUGUUUUUGUUUUACCAUUUCCACCCCCCAUCCCAGGAACCUAAAACAAUGAUCAGAACUAUCCAGAAGCUUAGAUCACUACUGGUAUCUUAACACCAUUGGGAAGAGGCCCUGACCUGUGGCUGUGGCAGGGGUCAGACUUGUUCAGGAAUUGCUUGGCUCAGGGGCUUGGAGUUGGGAGCCCUCUACUGUAAUCCCUCAGAGGAUGUCUGAGGAAUUCUCAGCUUCCUUUUGCUCAUCUGUAGAACAAGGGGGUUGGACUGGAUCCCUAAGGUCCCUUCUACCUCGAAAUCCAAUGAUUCUCCAUUAGCAAGGAGGGUGGGGAGUGUGCAUCGAAGUCAAGGGGGUGGGUUCCCUGGAGGCUAGUCUUGAUGUGCCCCAUGGAUGCCCUCUUUACUCUGUGCCCACACAGCUGCCCUAGCAAAGCCUUUGUCUGGAUACUCCUAUUGUUUACUACUAGCCUAGCUGAGGAGUGAAGGCUCAGGUGCUGUCAUGAGAUUCACUUUAACUGAACAUAUAUUUAGUGCCAACUGUACGGGUCAGGGUUGGGAGGGUUACCCCAACUCCUUGUCUGUUGAUGCCUGGAACUGGACAUGAGUUUUCUCUUUACUCCUUUAUUCCUCCCCCCAGAAAAGAGGGGUAGGAGGAACUUUGGAAUAAAAUUAUUUUUGAUCUUACACCA